AACCAAAAUUUACACCAUCAUUUUUGCAGGGACAAUAGGUCUUCCAAACCCAAUCCUCGAUUGGCUAGAGUGCUGGACAUUCUUUUCAUAUUACAUGCAGAACAUGAAAUGAACUGUUCAGCAGCUGCUGCUAGGCAUCUUGCGUCAGAUGGAGUUGAUGUAUACACAGCUCUUGCUGGAGCAGUUUGGAGCACUUUAUGGUCCUCUCCAUGGUGGAGCAAAUGAGGCUGUUCUUAAGAUGCUAAGUGAGAUUGGAACAGUAGCAAACAUUCCUGAGUUUUUUUUUUUUUUUUUUUUUUCGAAAGGCAAAAAAAAUUAUAUUUUUGAGU